UCAGAGGCUACUUUGCUACAUCCAUUGCGCAUGCCCAGUGGAGCAGAUAUUUCAUGUGUUGUACGUACGUCGGUGGAGGUCACAGACAUCUGAACAAAACUGAGUUGCUAGAAGGAGAUUUGCUAUCAUGGCCAAGCUUUUCGAGACUAUUGGGAAGUUGGGGCUGGCAGUUGCCAUCGGUGGAAGUGUUAUGACUUCUGCCCUUUUCAAUGUUGAUGCAGGGCACCAGGCUGUGAUAUUUGACAGGUUCAGAGGAGUGCAAGAUAUUGUUGUUGGUGAAGGGACCCACUUCCUCAUUCCUUGGGUUCAGAAGCCCAUCAUCUUUGAUUGUCGUUCCCGUCCACGCAACGUCCCUGUCACCACAGGCAGCAAAGAUCUGCAGAAUGUAAACAUCACGUUGCGUAUCCUCUUCCGGCCGGUCACCAACCAGCUACCACGCAUCUUCACCAGUAUUGGCGAGGAUUAUGACGAAAGGGUGCUCCCAUCCAUCACCACAGAGGUCUUGAAGUCUGUGGUGGCUAGGUUUGAUGCUGGUGAGCUCAUUACCCAGAGAGAGCUUGUGUCUCGUCAGGUCAGUGAUGACCUCACAGAAAGAGCCAACACCUUCGGCCUCAUCUUGGAUGACGUUUCACUGACACACUUGACCUUUGGCAAGGAAUUCACAGAGGCUGUUGAGAUGAAGCAGGUUGCCCAGCAGGAGGCUGAGAGGGCCCGUUUCAUUGUAGAAAAGGCAGAGCAACAGAAGCAGGCGGCCAUCAUCUCAGCAGAGGGUGAUUCCCAGGCUGCGUUGCUAAUCGCCAACUCCCUGAUGCUAGCUGGUGAUGGUCUGGUAGAGCUGCGUAAGCUGGAGGCAGCUGAGGAAAUCGCUUUACAGCUCUCCCGCUCCCGUAACGUCACUUACCUGCCAUCCGGACAGGGCACAUUGCUUCAGUUGCCCCAGUGAUAACUUCUCACAUCAUGUCUAGCCCACUAUCGCUGUCACAGGCUGUUACAAGGGCCAUGGAAUGGGUGGUUGAAGUGUUAAAUAAAUGACUCAACUUCACACACAUUCCUCCAACUCUUUCCAAAUCUGGACUGGGCUCUGUUGAUAGCAGGAUGGUAGGAGACAAAGUGAGAGGUCCGCGACGGAUACAAUAAUGAAUUCAACCCAUGUGUAAGGAAGUUGAGGUUAACCUUCUAUAUAUAUAUAUAUAUAUAUGAAUAUAUAUAGUGCCCGCAUAAUAGACAAUGCAGUACAUUAUCUUAAGAUUCAUCUUUGCUACAUUGUUUCAGAGCACUGGAUGUAUUUAAAAAAGCAACAGAUUGAUUUUAACACCAAGGGAGAACAGUUUGAUUGCUUUUUAAGAUAAGGUGAUCAAUUGUGAAUGCUAAAUGCCAUUACUCUGUGAUUUCUGCUGGAAUGUUCCAUCAAAUUGUGUAACUGUAUAUUCAGAUCUGUAAUGAAAGGCACUCCUUGUGAUUCCAGGAACAAUCUACUUUCUAGCAAAUUAUUUCUUCGUGAAUAAUAUUGCUAUACCCAAAUAAUUGGAACGUGCCUACUUGGUAAUGAUCCUUCAUUAUUUUCAGUUGUUUCUUUAGUUUGUGUGGACAAUGUGUAUGCCCCAUGUCACAGAAAUGACUUAACAAUAAAUGUGUCUAUCUCCCAA